AUGUCGACACAUCAUGGCUAUCGUGCGUUCAUCCCACGACGUAGUCAUCUUCGAAAAGCACUCACUUCUCUAACGGCUCUGACUUGGCGUCUAUCGCACAGUUGAGGAAUUUCCUUGGAUCAGGGUCGACGCGUUCGAUGGCUUCGCGGAGGUGUACAACCCUUACAACCAGGAAAAGGCCUACGUUCAUUUAUUGACCCAUGCUCACACCGAUCAUACCACCGGUGGGUUAGGCACGAAUUCAGUGCACGGUUACACAGCAUAGCUCAAGUUUCAAUGCCCCCCCCCCCCCCCGGUGUGAAAACCAGGUCUCAAUUCACCCGAUUUCGGAAGUACCGUCUACUGCACCUCGGCCACCAAGGAGAUCCUCCGCCACACGAUGGAAGCCGGAGACCGAGUCAGGUCCGAAGAGAUCAAGCAAAUCUCGAAACGAUACAAGUACGCCGAUCUGAGAAAACCAUUGCAGAGGAACACGGGCAAGAUGAGGAUCGAUACGUUGUUCGUAAGUGUGUGACUUAACUUGGUCUCUAGUCUGGGUCGCUAGAUGUUCACGCCUACUUCGUAUGGAUGGUAGAAAAUGAUCGAAUACAACGUUCCCCUGACCAUCUCGGGACCAGCAGGGGAAUCCGUCACGGUCACCGCAAUCGAUGCGAACCAUUGUCCCGGAAGCGCCAUGUCAGUACGAGGUUGUGAGCAUACCAUCUUUGCAAGUCUGGCUUCUGACUCUCUCCGUUCUCCUCAUGCAGGUUUCUCAUUGAAGGCACCGAUGGCGUUUCGGUGCUCAUCACGGGUGAUAUCCGAGCCGAAGACUGGUGGAUCGAAUCCCUCGCUCGCAACCCCUACUUAUCCCCUUACCUAGCAUGGUCAGACAUGCCCUAUUCAACUUCGAUCGACGACGACCUCAAUGAUACACGGCGUGCCUUAGCGUCGGGGAGUUCGAGGAGACUGUUGAAGAGGAUCUACCUUGAUACGUCGACGAUGAGUUGGCAUCGAACCGUCGCUUCCAAGGAGGAGGCGAUUAGGGAUCUCGUGCGCUUGAUUCCAUACUAUCCUAAGGAUACGAGCUUCUUCAUCAAUGCUUGGACGUGGGGCUAUGAGGUGAGUGCUCCUGAGCGAAGACUCCUCCUUUUUGUGACGAUCGGAUAUUGAUCGGUUCUUGUGCGUGAUUUGGCUGCGAUAGGAGUUGCUCAAAGGCUUGUUCCGCGCUUUCGAUGAAAAGGUGAAUCUCGUGGCUUGUGAUCGCUCAUAGAUGUCCGCCACUGAUCCACUAUUACCUUACAGUAGAUCCAUCUCGACCCCUACAAAGCAAUCAUUUAUCGCGCCAUAUCGGCGACCGACCCGCAGCUCUCUCGAUUAGGCACGACUUCGACCCGACCGUUGCGAUUCCACGCAUGCGAAAGGAGGUGGAAGUGCGACCAAGUAUGGGACCAAGGUCAAGGGUGUUACGAAUGGCUGCCUGAACAUCUGCCGUGCCUGGGAGGACCGAAGAGGUUGAAACGGCCUGGUGUGGAUCGGGGGAAGGCUAGGGUCGUGUACGUAAAUCCAACGGAGGGGCAGGACAUCAACACAUGGAGGAAGUACGUUGAGAAUACCGAGGCUCUGUUGAAGAGGAUGGAGGCGAAGGAGAAUGUAGAGGUCAAUCCUCCGAAGGGGAAAGAAGAGAACUGGCCCACCAACCUGGUUCGUCGAUCAAGUUUGAAGCGUCUUCUACGUUGCCGUCGUUGACCCCGAUCGACACCACCUCUCACACAGUUUGUCUCCUUAUCACGCCACUCGACAUUACCCGAGUUGCAAAAGUUCGUACGCCUGUUCCGACCUCUGUCCCUUUACCCUCUCGUCAUGGACGACCCACGCAACGACCCAGGCUACACCUACCGACUCGUUGCGCACUACUUCGCUCCCUUCGUCUCCCCCUCUCAAGGCUUCGAACGCAUUCUUCGCGACGCCGAGACGUACUCUCGCCAUUUCGUCGAAACUCAGAUCCGAGCGGGCCAUCGCAUUCAGCUUGUUCAGCGGACACAAACUCUACUCGAAAGAGGGGUCCAAGGCAUCGCUGUUGCAGUCGGGUCCCGGGUCAUCACGGAUCUGGACGAGGACUACUUCAUCAAUUCGGAAAAGAUGCAAGGCGUGAGAUCUAAUAUCGAGGGUGGGGAAGAGGUAUUGCGACAGGUCGAAGAAUGGGCUGCGGUGGAUGGACCUGCUUCGACAGCGUCGAGUUCAGGCCAGUCGGAUCCCGAUGAUCGACGAUCGGCCGCGCAGGCCAAGGACGAGGAGGUCAAAAGUGCUCUAUCGACGUCUCGAAAGGCGGUUUCCCAAGCCGAGAUGAAGCACGAGAAGCUCAAAGAGAUUGAGACGAUCAUAAUCGAGGACAGUCAAGACGAACCGUCCUCGUCGACAGUAACGAUCCUUGUUCCCGCUACUCUGGAGCCGAUCUUCCCGUCAUUGUCGACCAAAGGUGAACACCCCGAGGGCGUGUCAUCCUCAGCUCAAUUCGGUCCUUUGUCCUCUUCUCUCCCACCGCCACCUUCAGCUGUACUUGAUCCUCAAUUGUUUUCCUCUUUCUCCUCUUCGGCAUCGACUCCGAUACCGCCCCAUUCGAAACUACUACCCUCAUCGCCUCCCAAGAAACGGCCUCUCGGACCAAGCAACUCAAUAGAUGACCACAUGAUCAAACCAGCUUCGGCAAUCUCCAAAAGUCAGGAAAUAGCUGGAGUAGAUUCGUUGAAAAGGAAGAGCAGUUUCGCGAGGAAGGAGGAGGUGAUCGUUGAACGCGUCAAGGCGUUGAGGGAGGCCAAGCGGCGGGCGAGUUUGGGAGGGGCUUGA